AUUUAUGAAAAUGUAAACAUUGAACUAAUGAGGAUCAUGAUCAUAGCAAAAUUUGCUUAUUUUAUAAAUUAAUUAUUCCCCUGUUAGCAAGGUCUAACGGCACUUUUUAAUAUAUUCCAAAUAACAUAAUCGUUCUUCAUAAUCUAUACUCGAAAAAAUGGAAAUGAUGGAAAACUCGGAGCACAAGCAGAUUUACCGACCAGAACCAGUCACCUGGAGAAGAGUUUUAUAUGAAAACCAAGGACUGCCUGAUAACUACACCGACACAACAUUCUUGUAUGAAUUAAAGAAGAACGUGAACCUUCGCAUACUGAAUUUCAGUGAUGCUGUCAGUGGCGCCCGAUUGCUAUCAAGAGAAAUAUCCGUAGUGGUUAUUGUCGGAGAAGUUUUUAUAGUGCUGCAGGACCAUUUGACUGACCCUCUCAUUCUGCUCCUGUUUGUUUCCUUCUUCACAUUAGUGGGCUACAUUAUGUAUGUGGCCAAGUACAAAACUAGAUCCAUUUUUCAAGAUUUUGUGCUAGCGCUGACGUACAUUUUCAUUGUUACUCUGGUGUCUCCAAUAUUGAAAACUUUGACAGAAACCAUAAGUACAGACACUAUUUACGUGACGUCCGUCUUAAUGAUGCUCGCUCAUCUCAUGUUUUAUGACUACGACUCAUUUUCGACAACUGUGUCAAAAGCUCUGUCUUUUAACUCGGCCCUUUUUGGCUCACUUUGUUUAGCUUCAAGAUUGAGUUCCUCUUUUGAUGUGUUUGUUUUGCUUACAGUUGCAGUUUCCUGUUUUGCUCUUUUACCUCCACUGAUGUCAGAAUUUGGGAGGUCAAAUGCUGUUGCGACAUUUUUUGAUCUUGUCGCUUUAACUGGACUAUUUUACUUGUCCAUUACUGCUUUUGUACUUUACACUGUGGGGCUUUUCAUUCUAAAUAUAGCCAUUCCCUACUUAAUUGUUAGAUGGCAGAAAUACAAAGAAAAUAUUUCCGGUCCAUGGGAUGAGGCUAAGCCAAGCAUUGGGAAAGUCAACAAACCAAAACCAGCGAAUAAGGCAAAGUAGAUAUAUUUAUUAUGUUCAAAUCUCUACGUUUUACUCAAUAAAUUGUCUAUUUAUCACAAAAUUCACAUUCCGAGCACAUAUUUA